AUGGUGUCUGAUGCACCAGAGGUUGAGACAAUUGAAAUUGAUGAUGAGUGUGUGGAUGAUGCGUCCCAGUUCGCAAAGGAGUGGCUGGCCAAAAUGAGAACCAUUCUUCAGAACUAUCCAGCUGGCCCAGGAAGCUACUUGGAAGACAAAAUGAAGACGGCAGCAGACAAGGCUCGUUUCGCUACUUGGCUGCUGGAAACAUGGCCUGAAAGACCAGAUAUCUGCUAUCACCACGACCAAGUAGUUCCCAGUGUGCUGGAAGAUGAAUUGGCCCAGUCGCCACCACUUGCUAUCCAUGUGUCGUCCUUCAGCUGGACCGAUGGCUGUGGGGUGAAACCUGCUCCAGGACGUGAUUUGGCUUUGGGCCUCAUGGCAAUGUACCUCAAGGAUGGCUUCAUAACCAGCGGAGAUGUGAUUCUGAUGGCUCAGCCAUUGGCAGUUGAGAAGGCAGCUGGUCUUCCCAGCCUUUGGGGAUCUGAAGAGUCAGCACUUAAGCCUUUUAGCCUGGGAUAUUUGAAAGGACGUGCUCGACUUACCAGUCUCUUCGCUCUUCUUUUGUCAGUCUUUGAAGAAGAGGUCUCCUUGGAUGACUUGAAAAGCUUCUGCCCGAAGUUAUUCGAUUCCGUCUCAGUCAUUUGGGUUCAGCAUAUGCGGCAAAACAGCAAGGAAGAUGAGGUCUUGUGCAACCUGAAGUUGAGCACGAGAGGAUCCCUUAGAAAGGCAGCCAACCUCAUCCAAAUUGCCUUCAUGGUCAGACGUCUGUUGGCUUCAGGAGGCACCGACUACACUACUUUCCUGCGAAAGUACAACCAGCAGUCUGUUGCGGCUCACCAACUUCGCGGUCGCAAGCAAACUGCACUGAAGCUCCUCUUCGAAAGCGACGUGCUGGAUGAGAUCCUCAACCAUGUUGGAACUCUUGGAUGGGAGAAUUGUGCUUGGACUGAGGAGAAUUUGGCUUCAAAACGUCUCUUCCCAGGACACGUUUUCCCAGCCAAGAACAGGAAGUGGCAACAGAGAUUGAGAGUCAGCGACAGGUCCUUGAGAAUUAUGGUUCUCAGGAUUCAUUGGGAGCAGGAGCACCAGUCUUGUGAGAAGUGCAGCCAGAAGAAGCCGGAUGACAGAGCUUGUGAGCUACUGGCUGAAAAAGCAGCUUGCCUCGUUUCCUUAGCAGAUGAGUUUUGCUCUGAGCAUCCCAUCACCAUGGAGACAGUCCAGAAGAAGAUACUGGAUGAGUGGUCCUCUGGAUGCAAGCGCAUUGACAUGGAGCUGGCCGCGCAGUUACUGGAGAAGUCCGAAUCCUUUGCCAUUGCGACCCACAUGCCUUGUUUCAAGGCUUUGCUGGAGGGAUCUCUUUUUCGUGCGCCGGUGUCUUCUUCCCAAGAGGUGGAAAUGCGAGACAAGCUGAAGAGAGAUGAGUUCGACCAUGUUGUGAAGAAAAUGGACUAUGACAUCAAGGUCUUCGAAAUUUGGCAAUCGAAGGUCGCAUCAGUGGCAAUGGCUCGCCAGCAUGCGAAGCAGGAACAUGUCGUUUCUGAACACAGGAAAAUCGUGGAAUCAGUGGAAGCCUAUCUUGAUGGUUGUGUUCGCUUCCUGUGCUGGGAAGGAGUCAACAAGGGAAGUGAUAGCAUCGUUCCACAGGUCCUCUCAUUUCGCAUGGAAAUUGUGAGAAAGCUACGCAACCAAAACACAGCUGGUGCAGCUGCAGAUGUUCCUACCUUGGUCCUCAUGAAUUGGACCGCACCCUGUCUGUUUCCAGCUGGACGGCAGAAUGAUCACAUCAACUGCCUUGCGUGGGCGUUGCACGACAAUACCAACUCGGCUGCAAUCAUUUUCGCACCUACCUUUUCGUACCAGAAAGGAAAAACAUUCCUGGAGGAAAAUGCGUGCAUGCAGCUGCUGGCACAAGGAGGGCACAACUUGGACCAUCAGUUCAGCGUCUUAUUUUCUGACAGAUGCGAUCAGAGAGACAGCCGACCUCUGCUUUACCCUGCUCGUUGGGCCUUCACAGGUCAUGUGGUUGACCUUGGAAAGACAAAUGCCUUCUUUCAGUCGGAGCUUCGCAAGGCUGGGCGAACUGAUCCUUGCAAGCAAAUGGCCGCCAAGGACUUGAAGGAAAUGGAAGACAUGGCUGAUGACAGCCUCCCAAGCACAACUUCAAGCAAUCACAUCUCUGGAGCAGCCAAGCAUUGUCAGUUUGGCCGUCCUGCUGCAGAAGAGGUCUUUCGCAAGGCCUUCAACCAAGUUGACCUGGAGAAAUUUCCAGCUGUGCUGAUCGUGGACCUCUUCCCCCGAGUUGGUGAUUUUGCAGGUGCUUUUUGCCGCCUCCGGACCCAAUUGAAUGCUGGGACCAGCUUGUUCUACAUUGGUGUCGGAGAGAAGGCCAAAGAAUUGGAAUGGCUUCGCGCGACUUUGCUCGAAGAGUUGGUGGAGAAAGUGAAGCUGGAAGGCUUUCAAAUUCCUGGUGCUCAGCCAUUUCAGAAAGAAGUCAACCCAGACCUCCUGGAUGCACUUCCCGCAAUUCCAAUUACCAAUCUUCUUGUUGUGAAAGGUGAAGGUGAAGAUCGAAGUCUGGUGCUGCCAAAGCACUUGAUGCUGAAGUGGCGUUCUGAUGAAGAUUUCGGCGAUGAAUUUUCCAAGUGGCUUGACGCAUUUUUGGAAAAGUAUUCAGUGAGUGAAGAUGCAGACAAUUCUUCACCCAACAACAAGAGACAAAACAGUGAAGAAAAAACAUCGGAGGCUGAACCGAGCCCAAAAAGGUGUCGAGUGGAGGAAGUGCCUGCAGAAUGCUUGCUUCCUUGUGACAAAAUUGCAGAGACGCUUCUAUUUGAGACGAAGCUUGGAGGAAAAGAUACCAUUGGAUUCCAGAUCCGCACCAACCACCAGCUCUAUUUGGUCAACCAGACCUCCCAUGAGCUCAGUCUCAAAGCAAUGUCGCCUUUGGUUGGAUUUGGCAGGGGAUCGUUCAAGUUGUUCAAGGAAGGUGACACACUACCUGAGAAAGCUUUGCUUUUUCACAUUGCUUCCUCAGAUGCCUUGGUUUGCCUCAACGGUGCUGCGCAGACAAUUUCAGAAGUGCUAUUCAACCAAAGAAAAAUCAAGCCUGAGGCUACUGUCUGCUACCACAAGGCUACACCUUCUGGGCAAAAAACUGAUGGCCAGACAUUGUUUGACUUCAAGUUGACCCACAAAAUUUGCUUUGUGCCGCCGACGAAACGAGAUGGAGCAGAUGAAGGAGCAGUAAAACCCGGCAAAGAAGAGACUAUAUCCUUCACCAACAUCGCCUCACGCGAAACAGCUGGUACUUUUUGUGAUUUGCAAUGCGCAAGUCUGAUUUGGCAUGUGCGCUGGACAGUCAAGGGGCUGCAGCCGCUGAAGCCCAUGAUCCAUUUAACCAAAAAGCUUUGCCUUGCUGCAGGUCAGUGCUGCAAACUCAAUAAGCAAUGA